CUGACACUGACAUAUCUACUACGUUUACAAAAGAUACAUACUUGCUGUUGACUUUAUUGUAAAAAUAACAAUUGUUUAUAAAGUUUUUUAUCGUAGACAAAUAUUCUCAGCAAAACCUUAUCUUUAAAAUAAAACGUUAAAUAGUUAAUUAAUCUUAAGACUUUAUUUAAGUAUUAGUUCAGAAUGAAUUCUGCAACCCCAGGUGUGCCGCAGGUGCCGCUGCUUGACGAUGACACCAUAGCAUUCGGUGACGAGGACAAUGCAAACAAACAGUUUGUGCAUCCAUACAUUGUGUUUUUUCACUUGAUCUUCAGAGGUGCAGCCAUUGUUGUAUAUAUAUUAUGUGGCUGGUUUUCCGACUCCUUCAUUGCAAGCUUCGUGCUGGUUAUACUUCUCUUAUCUGCUGAUUUUUGGACUGUUAAGAACAUAAGUGGAAGAUUGCUCGUAGGUCUGAGAUGGUGGAAUUACGUGGAUGAUGAUGGGAAAUCACAUUGGGUAUUUGAAUCCAAGCAGGUAAUAAACCGUGUAAAUCGCAACGAGAGUCGUUUAUUCUGGAUGGGAUUGAUACUAUGUCCACUUAUCUGGUCAGGCUUCUUCAUCAUAUGCCUCUUUGGACUUAAGUUUAAGUGGAUGCUGUUGGUUUUAAUAGCGCUAACAUUGAAUGGCGCCAACUUGUACGGAUACGUCAAAUGCAAGUUUGGCGCGAAAGAGAACCUUCAGUCCGCAACCACAGACUUCGUCAAGAAGCAGUUGCUGCAGAACGCGUCGUCGUUCAUGUUCGCGCAACCCGCGCCACCCACGACGGGCAACACAGGCGUCAUAUAGAUUACAAAUAUACUUUAAUGUAAAUUAAUUAUUAAUAAAUUAUAAUAUCAAGACAA